AUGUCGGCUCAGGUCCGUCUGAAGCGGCUGGAGGAGCUGCUGCUGGAGCAGCGCGCGGCCGGAUGUGUGAGCGUGGAGGCGCUGCUCGACCUGCUGCUCUGCCUCAGCUCCGAGUGCUCCAGCGGGCCAAUGAAGAGGGAGAAGCACAUCACCGACUUCCUGGAGUGGGUGAGACCCUUCACCACCACAGUGAAGGAGCUGAGGCUGCACAGGGAUGAUUUUGAGAUGCUGAAGGUGAUUGGACGAGGAGCUUUUGGAGAGGUGGCCGUGGUGAAGAUGAAACACACAGAGAGAGUUUACGCCAUGAAGAUCCUCAACAAGUGGGAGAUGUUGAAGAGAGCAGAGACUGCGUGUUUCCGUGAGGAGCGUGACGUCCUGGUGAAAGGAGACAGUCAGUGGAUCACCACUCUGCACUACGCCUUCCAGGACGACAACUACCUGUACCUGGUAAUGGAUUACUACGUUGGUGGAGACCUGCUGACUCUGCUCAGUAAGUUUGAGGAUCGUCUUCCGGAGGACAUGGCCAAGUUCUACGUGGCAGAGAUGGUUCUCGCCAUCCACUCCAUCCACGAGCAGAACUACAUCCACAGAGAUAUUAAACCUGACAACGUCCUGCUGGACGUCAACGGUCACAUCCGUCUGGCCGACUUCGGGUCCUGUCUCCGGAUGAUGGAGGACGGCACGGUCCAGUCCUCGGUGGCGGUGGGAACUCCGGACUACAUCUCCCCUGAGAUCCUGCAGGCGAUGGAGGACGGGAUGGGACGCUAUGGACCUGAGUGUGACUGGUGGUCCCUGGGAGUCUGCAUGUACGAGAUGCUGUACGGAGAAACGCCGUUCUACGCAGAGUCGCUGGUGGAAACUUACGGAAAGAUCAUGAACCAUGAGGAGCGUUUCCAGUUCCCCUCCCACGUGGCCGACGUGUCAGAGGACGCCAAAGACCUGAUCCAGCGCCUGCUCUGCUCCAGAGAUCAUCGGAUCGGUCUGAACGGGAUCUCCGACUUCAAGAGCCACGCCUUCUUCACUGGGAUCAACUGGGACAACAUCCGGUCGGCUGAGGCCCCCUACAUCCCCGACGUGUCCUCGCCCACUGACACAUCCAACUUUGAUGUGGACGACGAUGUCCUCAAGAACCCGGAGAUCGCCCCCCUUGUGUCUCACACUGGUUUCACUGGUCAGCACCUCCCCUUCGUUGGCUUCACCUACACCACCGACAGCUGCUUCUCCGACCGCAGCUCCGUCAGCGGGGCAGGGCACAGCCGCCGCCAGGAAACGGAAGGAGGGGUGGGGGGAGGUGAAGAGGUGGAGGCGUUUGAGAGGAGGAUCCGCCGUCUGGAGCAGGAGAAGCAGGAACUGAACCGAAAACUGCAAGAGUCGACUCAGGCGCUGCAGGCCCCGACUCGAGGAGGAACUCUGACCCGAGACAAAGAGAUCAAGAAACUGAACGAGGAGAUCGAGCGGCUGAAGAAGAAGCUGGCAGACUCUGAUAGGCUGGAGCACCAGCUGGAGGAGGCGGUCACACUCAGACAGGACUAUGAGAGCUCCGCCUCCAAACUGAAGAGUGUGGAGAGACAGGUGAAGACACUGAGACAAGAGAAGGAAGACGUCCAUAAGCAGCUGUCCGACUCUCUGGAGCGUCUGAGGAGUCAGACCAAGGAGUUGAAGGAAGCUCACUCUCAGAGGAAGUUGGCGGUGCAGGAGUUCUCAGAGCUGUCGGAGAGGAUGUCCGAGCUCCGGACCUCCAAACAGCGUCUGUCCCGUCAGCUCCGGGACAAAGAGGAGGAGAUGGACGCCCUCCUGCAGAAGAUGGAAGCCAUGAAACAGGAGAUCCGCAAGACCGAAAAGAACCGCAAGGAGCUGGAGGCUCAGCUGGACGACACCAAGGCCGAGGCCUCGAAGGAGAGGAAGCUGAGGGAGCACAGCGAGGUCUACUCCAAGCAGCUGGAGACGGAGCUGGAGAGCCUGAAGUCUCAGCAGGGUCGGGGAGUUGCCGUGGGGGGGGCAGAGUCUCAGCAGGAGCUGUCCCGUCUGAAGGCGGAGCUUGAUAAGAAGGUUUUGUUCUAUGAGGAGGAGCUGCUGAGGAGAGACUCCGCCCACUCCUCAGAGAUCAAGAACCUACGCAAAGACCUGCAGGAGUCUGAGGGGGCGCAGCUGGCCGCCAACAAGGAGCUGCUGCAGGUCCGAGACAAGCUGGACAAGGGCAAGAGGGACAGACAAACGGAGAUGGAUGAAGCUGUUGUGACUCUGAGGGAAAAUUUUGAGCGAGAGAAAAAUCUGUUGACGGUAGAAAACAGGAAAAUGACAGUGGAGACGGACAAGUUGUGUGCGUUCGUGGACCAACUGACGGCUCAGAACCGUCAGCUGGAGGACGAGCUUCAGGAUGUGUCGUCGAAGAGAGAGAGCGUCGCUCACUGGGAGGCGCAGAUCGCUGAAAUCAUCCAGUGGGUGAGCGAUGAGAAGGAUGCUCGAGGUUACCUUCAGGCUCUGGCCACCAAGAUGACGGAGGAACUGGAAACACUACGCAGCUCCAACCUGGGGACCAGACCUCUGCCUGAGUCAGGAGUGGCCACACCCCCUUGGAAGCCCUGGCCUCCUAUUGGUGGAGACAGCAGGGACCCGCUGUGGAAGAUGCGUCGCAGUCAGAAGUUGGACAUGUCGGCUCGUCUGGAGCUUCAGUCGGCUCUCGACGCUGAGAUCAGAGCCAAACAGCUGGUUCAGGAGGAGCUGCGGAAAGUCAAAGCUGCCAACAUCAACCUGGAGAGUAAGGUUAAGGAGUCGGAGGAGAGGAGCAGGGAGAUGGGGGAGCAGAUGGAGGAUCUGAAGAAGGAGAUGGAGGAGAGUGGUUCCCGAUCAGACAAAGGUCUGAAGCUUCCGGAUUUCCAAGACUCCAUCUUUGAGUAUUUCAACACGUCACCCCUGGCUCCAGACCUGACCUUCAGAACCUCAGACAUAGACUCCACCCACCAGAUAUCAGAGACCACGCCCCCCUCCCCCUCAACCACAUCUGAACACGAGGAAGUUAAAGCAGCAUCAUUCCCAGCAAGCCCCUCCCUCACCUACCAGAGCUCAGCGAUGACCACACCAAAGCCCAAAGCUCAUCAGCUGAGCAUCAAGACGUUCUCCAGUCCAACUCAGUGUACACACUGCACCUCACUGAUGGUGGGACUCAUCCGCCAGGGCUAUGCCUGCGAAGUGUGUUCCUUCAUCUGUCACGUUUCCUGUAAAGACCACGCCCCCCUGGUCUGUCCAAUCCCAGCAGAACAGGCCAAGAGGCCUCAGGGCAUUGACGUCCAGAGAGGCAUCGGCACUGCGUACAAGGGAUACGUGCGGAUCCCUAAGCCCAGCGGCGUGAAGAAGGGCUGGCAGCGGGCGUUCGCCGUGGUCUCUGACUGCAAACUGUUUCUCUACGAUGUCCCAGAGGGGAAGUCCACGCAGCCGGGUGUGGUGGCCAGCCUGGUCCUCGACCUCAGAGAUGAGGAGUUCUCCGUCAGCUCUGUCUUGGCAUCAGAUGUGAUCCACGCCACCAGGAAAGACAUCCCCUGCAUCUUCAGGGUGACAUCAUCGCAGCUGGUUUCGCAGAUCUCGUCAGUGUCUCUGCUGGUCCUGGCAGAGAGUGAGCUGGAGAAGAGGAAGUGGGUCCGGAUCCUCGAGGGUCUGCAGAACAUCCUGACCAAGAACCUGCUGAAGAGCCAGCCAGUCCACGUUCUGCACGAGGCCUACGACGCUUCGCUCCCGGUCAUUAAGACCACGCUGUCCGCCGCCGUGCUCGAUCGAGAGAGGGUCGCUCUGGGAACAGAAGAUGGACUGUUUGUGGUGGAGGUCACCAGAGACGUGAUCGUGCGAGCCGUCGACAGUAAGAAGGUUUCUCAGAUCGAUUUGAUCCCGAUUGAGAAAAUCGUGGCUCUGCUCUGUGGUCGGAAUCGUCACGUUCACCUCCUCCCCUGGGCGGUGCUGGAAGGCGCAGAGCCUGCCUUUGACUUUAAGCUGGCAGAAACCAAAGGCUGCCAGGCUGUGACCACAGGGGUCCUCCGACCUGGAGGCCCCGCCUGCCUGCUGGCUGCUGUCAAACGCCAGGUUCAGUGCUAUGAGAUUACUCGUGCAAAGCCCCACCAUAAGAAACUGUGGGAGGUUCAGGCUCCCGGCGUGGUGCAAUGGUUGGGCAUGGUGAAGGAGCGGCUGUGUGUCGGGUAUCCUUCGGGCUUUGCUCUGCUGGCCCUGCAGGGCGAGUCUUCUCCCAUCAGCCUGGUGAGCCCCGGUGACCCGUCGCUGGCCUUCCUGUCCCAACUGUCCCUGGACGCACUGCACGCCCUGGAGGUCGGAUCCAGUGAACUGCUGCUCUGCUUCAGCCAGCUCGGCAUCUACGUGGACGGACAGGGCCGCCGGUCCCGGACCCAGGAGCUGAUGUGGCCGGCCACGCCCCUCGCAUGUAGCUCAAACUCGUCCCACCUGACGGUCUACAGUGAGUAUGGAGUGGACGUCUUCGAUGUACACACCACUGAGUGGGUCCAGACAAUCUCCCUCCGCAAGAUCAGACCUCUAAAUGUCGAAGGAACAUUAAACCUGCUGAGUUCAGAACCUGCUCGACUGAUUUACUUCAGUAACACGUCCUCAGAGGGCGACCUCACCAUCCCGGAGACGUCGGACCACAGCAGGAAGUUGAUGGUUCGAACUCGCAGCAAGAGGAAGUUUCUUUUUAAGGUUCCUGAGGAGGAGCGACUUCAGCAGAGGAGGGAGAUGCUCAGGGACCCGGAGCUCAGGUCCAGGAUGAUUUCUAACCCGACAAACUUUAACCACGUCGCUCACAUGGGACCAGGAGAUGGGAUGCAAGUUCUCAUGGACCUUCCUCUGAUUGGUGAUGGUGCCUGCCUCUCGCCCUCCCCCUCUCCCUCUCCCUCUUCCUCCUCCUCCCGUCACACCCUCAUCUCUCCUCCCUCCAACUUUGAGCACGUCUAUCACAUGACGUCGGCAUCGGCCGGCGCCUUCUUGCAGAAAGACGCCUCCUCUUCCUCCUCCUCCCAGCAAAGCCUCCUGCAGCCCUCCUCCUCUUCCUCCUCUCCCUCCAUCUCCUCUUUGGGAAGGAGUGUGAUGCCCUCCUCUCAGGAAGACUCAUUGAAAGAUAAGCCCCGCCCCCUGUCCAGUAUCUCCCGGCAACACAGAAGCAAGACGCACAUCACCCGCACCGCAUCAGAUUUUGGGGGUGGAGCUCGUAGCGUCUCUGAACUCGACCAGGACCUGGACCGAGAGCCGGACUCAGACUCGACCAAACACUCGACUCCCUCUAACAGCUCCAACCCCAGCAGCCCUAACUCGCCCCACCGCAGCCGCCUCACCCUGGACAGCCUGGACUUUGAGCCCUAAGGCCCCGCCCCCUGCGCACAUGAAGGGCUGAGGCAGCCAAUCAGGCUGCAGACUGAGACAUAACAUUUUACUCUGAUGAUUUUAUUGUGACGGGAUCAGUCUGAGCUUCCUGCUGCUUUUACUUUUUGGGAUUUUACCUGCUGGGAAGCCCCACCCCCUGAUAUUAACCCCGCCCCUGCUGACUGCUGCUGUGUUGACCUUUACUCUGAUUGGCUCCGUGGGACCAAUCUCCUCCUCCUCGCCCCUACAGAACUUUGAGCUGAGCUUUAGCCUUUAGCUGCUGAGGUGGAACAGCCUGACGGAGGGAGGUCUCCCUCUGAUGGAAAAACACUGUAUGAAAUGACGUUAAAGUUUUGUUAAGUUGCACAUCUUCAUCAUUUUCAUCGUUGUGGUUGUAGAAAAAUUCUUUAAUUUUGUGUCAGUGAUAAUCUUUCCCGACCCCGCCCUCUGACUUCAGGUGGGCGGGGUCACACCUUAACACUACUGCUUCUUCCAGAAUCACCAGGUAAAAUGUUUGUAACUAAACGUUUAGCAGCCGAACACAAACACAAUAAAAGUAUCUGAAGAGC